CUCCCGGUUUGAAAGUGAGAAUUUCUUCCCGUUAAACCGAAAAAACUAAAUUAACCGCAAGCCAUUGUCCCGGUGACGGAUUGUACCAGAACUUCACGGGGUUAGUUCAGCAUGGAGUCAAAGCUGCUGAAUGGCUGGCAGCAGCAGAAGGCGGAGCUGGAGGUGGAGGUGUGUCGACUGCAGGAGGAUCUGGCGGAGAGCCGAGCUGAGAAGGAGGAGCUGGAGUCCAGGAGCAAAGCUCUGACGGAUAGGCUUUGUCAGACUCUGAAUCCUUCAAUGUCCCUGCUUGAUGAGGAACAGAGGAGGUGGAAAAAGAAGUUGAAGGAGGGGAGGGAGAGGGAGGCCAGACAGGCGCUGCUGAUCCACCGUCUGCAGAACAAGGUGAUCGAGUACAAGGAGCGGUGUCACCGUCUGGAUCAGCAUAUGCAGGAAAAUCACUCCAGGGUUCUGAUCUCUGAGCGGAGAAUCAGAGAUGAGCACAGCCAGUCUCUGGAGAGCGCCCUCAUCAGUCUGGAGGAGGAACAGCAGAGGUCUGCCAGUCUGGCUGACACCAACGCUCUCCUUCGCCACCAGCUCAGCCAAUCAGAGCAGACCAACGGGGAGCUGGCAGAAGACCUCAGGAAGCUGACUGCUGAUUGGACGAGAGCCGUGCAGGAGGUGGAGCAGAAAGAGGCCGACUGCCAGAGAGAGAAAGAGUGUCGGUGGGGUCACAUGAGUCAGCAGCAGGCCCGGCUGCUGUCACUCUGGAAAUCUGUACUUGAUCUGAGGCGACACUGUCACAAGCUGAGAACAGCUGCUGACAGGGAUCUGUGGCAGCUCAGGGCGGAGUUUUCCAGACUCUCCUCGUCUCUCCUCUGCAGCUGUGACUCCUUCUGCUCCUCACUGAGGCUCAGUGCCCCUCAGAUCAAACCCGCCUCCUCUCACCUUCCUCCUCCAUCAUACUCAUCUCCUCCUCUAUCCUCCACUCUCAUCCACCCUCCUCCGGACGUCUCAGGCUCUCCUCUUUGUUCCCGCUCCCCUUUCCCCCUGGGGAUAUUCUCCUUAGUAGAGGAGGAGGAGGAUGAGGAGGAGAAGCCACUGGAGUUGAAGCUCCACUGUGAAGUGGAGGUGUUCCAGCUGGAGCAAAGGAUCGAGGAACUCAGUCGCUCCCUGCAGACGGCAGACAGAGCGAGGGAAGCAUCGGAGGCAGAGGUGGAGCGGCUGAGGGAAUCAGACAGGACGCUGCAUUCGGUCGGUCAGGCUGUCAUCAGCAUGUUCCGGUCCCUGAGCAGGAUCAGCAACCAGACGCCGAGCAUCUCCACGGACAGUGUCCUCAGUCUGGAUCCGUCCUCCCUGCUGUCGGUUCUGUCUCAGACUGAGAGCACGCUGCAGUGGAAACACGAGGAGCUGCAGGGGGCGGAGCUAAGUCUGCGGCGGUUCAGCGAGGAGCAAACGUCUCUGAAGCUCCGCCUGAAACAGCUGGAGGAAGAAAAACAGCAGCUGGACAUGAAAACUGGGAACACACAGCAAGAACUGAAACACACACUGGACUCUCUGAGCAGGGAGAAGGAGGCAUCCACCUCCCUGCGUCUGCAGGUGGAGGAGGUGCAGAUGAAAGAGGAGGAGAUGAAGAGGGAGAUCGACAGACUGAGGAGAGAGAGAGACAGAUUGGAGGAAAGAACCCGACAGCUGGAGGCAGAAAGAUACAAACGGGUGGAGGCGGAGCUUCUGGAGAAUGUCCAGCUGUCAGAGAGAGAAACUCAGCAGCGGAUUGAGAUCCACAGCCUGAAGGUGAUGCUGGAGAGGGAGCAGCUGGACAGGCAGAGAGCAGAAGAAGAAGGUGCUGAUGCCAGAGAAGCCCUGCAGAAGUGCAGGGAGUCCGUGCUGCACCUCUCCUCCUCAGAGACGUUGCUGAAACGGGAGGUGCAGGAGACGCGGGACGCCCUGGACAAGAUGUCGGCUCUGAACUCGUCUCUGGCCACAGACAAACGAGAUCUGAACAUGCAGCUGCUGAAGCUGGAGACAGAGCUGUCAGACACCCAGUCACAGCUGCAGACUCUGAGGUCAGAGGUCAGCGGUCUGCAGAGAGACAUUAAAAGUGUGAGGAGUGAGUGCAGCCUCCUGAGAGUUCAGUCGGAGACGGACGCUGACGUCAUCCAUCAGCUGAAGGAGCGACGCUCACACCUGGAGAGAAACUUGGAGGAGAAGGAGAAGGAGCUGGCCUCCCUGGAGGAGGAGAAGAAGACCACAGAUCAGCAGCUGGACGAGUUAUCCUCCCAGCACACCCUGGUACGUAAGGUGCUAAAGGAGCUGCAGGAACAGCUGUGGAAGACCGAGGAGCAGCUGAAUCAGACGGAGAGACAGAAGGAGGAGCUGCUGAGAGAAAGCAAGAAGCUGCAGGAGGAACAGGAAGUUCAGAGGAGAUACAAGGAGCAGCUGGAAGAGGAGUUACAGGAGCUGAGGUCCGUGUCGGUGAACCUCCACCUGAAGCUCCGCCUGCAGCAGCAGCAGCUCUCCCAGUCUGAGGUGGACAGAUGUCAGCAGAACACACACAUCUGUACGCUGCAGCAGGCCAAAGCCAUCUUACAGGGUGAGAUCGAGUGUCUGAGAGGAGAACUGCAGCGAGAGACGGCAAGAAGAGAAGAUGAGAGGGAGAAAAGGGAAAGAAUGUUGGAGGAAAAGAGAGAGUUGAAUGUAGAAAUGGAGAGGCUGACGGAGGAGGUGAAGGAGCUGCAGACCAGGUGGACGGAGGAAGACGCCAAGAGGAAGGAGGAAGAGGAGUCGUGGCAGAAAGAAAGAGAAGUUCUGAACAAAGAGCUCGGCAUGAGAGAUGGAGAGGUGGAGGCCCUGAGGAGGCGCGCCGAGGGACUGAUGAAGGAGGUGGAGGAGAGGCAGAGAGAGGUGGAGAAACUGAGGGAGGAGGUGGCAGAGGGAGAGACUGAGAUCAGCUUCACGAUGGAGAGACUGCAGAGAGUCGAGGUAGAGAAGGACAAACUGGAGGAGCAAGCGAAGAGGAAAGAGGUCAGUCUAGAAGAGGAGGAGGUGAAGAGGAGAGAGGAGGAGAACCAGAGGGAUUUAGAGACGGAGGCUCUGUGCGAACGGAUCGAGAAGCUGGAAACAGAAAAGAAAACAAUGGAGGAAGAGCUCUGUCAGCUGAGGAGUGAGGAGGAGGAGAGGCAGAGAGAGAGAGCUGUGGCGGAUGAGGAAAUCAGCAGGCUGAGAAAAGAAAUCUCCUUUUUACAGGGGGAGGAGAGGAGACGGAGGGAGAAACAGCAGGAGGAGAAGGAGGAGCUGGAGGAGCAGCUGAAAGAGAAAGUAGGGGAGGUGGAGCUCCUGAAGGUGAGGCUGAACGUGGCUCAGGAGGAGUAUGAAGAGAUGAAGGAGGAGGUGGAGAAGAGGGAGCGCGGCCUGGAGCGACAGAUCAGUGCCGUCAGGGACCGAGAGGAGGAGGUGGAGGAGUUGAAGGAGAGCCUGAGGCUGACUGAGGAGCAGAAGGAAGAAGGAGAACGGGAGCGGCAGGCAGUCUGCCACAAACUGAAGCAGAAGGAGGCGCAGGAGGAGCAACUGGAGGCUCUGCUGACAGAGACUCAGGCACUCCUCGAAAAGGAGAAGCAAGAAAGAGGAGAAAAAGAGAAAACGAUAACCUUCCUGGGCAAGGAGCUGCAGGAGGCUCAGGCUGAGAGAGAGGGAGCAAAUAAGAGGGUCAGAGAGAAGGAGGAGGUCUGUGAGCAGCUGCAGGAGGAGGUCAGGAUGUGGGAGCAGACAUUAGAGCACCGUGAUAAGGAGGUGAAAAAGCUCCAGAAAAUCAAUAAUGAGCUACAAGAGGCGGUGCAGAAGCUGACAGGAGUGUUAGAGGAGAGAGAGGAGGAGUGGAAGGAGAAGGGAAAUGUGAGGGUGAAAGAGGAGAAAAAGCUCAACAAGGUCAUGAAAGAGCAACAAGAGGAGGUGCAACAGCUAAAGGCUGCACUGGAGGAGAAGGAGGAGGAGGUGAGGGAGUGGAAGGAGAAGGCAGAGCUGAGUGGGAAGGAGGAGAAAAAACUCAACAAGAUAGUUAAGGAGAGAGCAGAGGAGGUGAAGCAGCUGAGGGCCACACAGGAGGAGGUGGAGGUGCUGAAGGAGAGCCUGAGGCAGACUGAGAAGGAGAAGGAGGAAGGAGAACGGGAGCGGCAGGCGGUCUGUCACAAACUGAAAGAGAAAGAGGUGCAGGAGGAGCAGUUGGGGGCUCUGCUGAUAGAAACUCAGGCACUCCUCGAGAAGGAGAAAGGAGAAAAAGAGAAAAUGAUCUCCUCCCACAGCAAGGAGCUGAAGGAGGCUCAGGCCAAUAAAGAGGGAGCAAAUAAGAAGGUCAGAGAGAAGGAGGAGGUCUGCGAGAGGCUGCAGGAGGAGCUGAGGAGGUGGCAGCAGACAGCAGAGCACAGUGAUAAGGAGGUGAAAAAGCUGCAGAAGAUCAAUAAGGAGCUACAAGAGGUGGUGCAGGAGCUGACGGUCACGCUAGAGGAGAGAGAGGAGGAGUGGAAGGAGAAGGCAGAGGCGAGCUCCAAGGACGAGAGAAAGCUCUACAGGGUCAUCAAGGAGCGACAAGAGGAGGUGCAGCAGAUGAAGGCAGCGCUGGAGGAGAAGGAGGAGGAGGUGAGGGAGUGGAAGGAGAAGGCAGACAUGAGUUUAAAGGAGCAGAAAAAACUCAACAAAGUUGUUAAAGAUAGAGUAGAGGAGGUGAAGCAGCUGAGGGCAACACUGGAGGAGAGGGAGGAGGAGGUGAGAGAGGGGGAGAGGUGUAGAAGGAUUGAGGAGGAGAAGAGCAGGAGGAAUGAGGAGAAGGUGAAGGAAGUGGUGCAGCAACUGGAGAAAGAGAAGGAGGUGCUGAACACAGUGAGGGAGGCGAGGAGGAGGAUAGAGGACAGACUGGAAGCAAAGGAGAAGGAGGCGAAGGAGCAAGAAGGGAAGCUAAAAGAAAUGGAGGAACAGAGUAAUGUUCUAAGAAUGAAAGAGGAGAAACUGAGAAGACUGGAGGAGGAACUGAGGGAGGUGAAAGAGGAGCAAAAGGAGCAACUGUUAGCUGAGAAAGAGCUUCAUCUGGAGGCAGAGAGGAGGAGAUCCAGACUGAUAGAGCUGGAGGAGGAGAAGGCAGGACUGCUGGUGGAGCUACAGAGUAAGGAGAUGGAGGUGACAGGUCUUACAGAGGAGGUGCAGAGGAAGACAGAGGAGCUAUCUGAGCUCAGAGAGGAGGUCCAAAGAAAGCAAAUAGAGAAGGAGGAGGAGCUGAGAUCAAGAGAGGAGGAGUGGAGGUCAAAGGAGCUGAUGAGUAUCAUGAAGGCACAGGAGGAGGAGAGACACAUGGAGAAGCUCCAAGAGGAGCUGAUUAAGAGUAAAAGGGAGGUGUCUAAACUGAGAGAAGACCUGUAUAAGGAGGAAAGAGAAAAGGAGGAGAAGCAGGAGCAGCUGAGGAGCUUUGAAAAGGAUAUGGCCGCUCUCAGAGAGGAGAUGCAGAGGGAGAGGAGACGAGAAAAGGAGGAGAGGAGACUGAUGGAGGAGAUUGAUAAGAAUUUCAGAGAGGAGAUUCAAAGAAAGCAAAAAGAGCAGGAGGCGGCCCAUGAAGCAGCGCGGGAGGAGCUUAGAAGGAGGGAGGAGGAGUGGAUGUCAAAGGAGCUGGUGAUCAACCAAAUAGCGCAGGCGGAGAGGAGGCAGAUGGAGGAGGUACUGGAGGAGCUGAUAAGUAGCAAAAGGGAGGUGUCUGCACUAAGAGACGAGAUGAAUAAGGAGCAAAGAGAAAAUCAGGAGAAAUUGAGGACGUUUGAGGAGGAGGUGACAAUUCUCAGAGAGGAGGUGAUUAGAGAGCAGAAGGAAAAGGAGGAGAAGCAGGAGAAGCUCCGAAUAUUUGAGAAGGAGGUGUCUGAACUCAAAGAGGAGCUGGUGAAGGAACUCCAGGAGGGGGAGAAAAUCCGAGAUGAACUGAUGAAGAGGAAGGAGGAGGUGGAGGAAGAGGUUAGGACAACCAAGGAUGCAUUAAAACUGCUCACUGAGGAGGUGAAAAAAGAGAAGGAGCAGAUGAAGGAGAAGUUAACAAGGACAGAGAUGGAGGUGGGGACUGUAAAGGAGGCCCACAGGAGGAGUGAAGAGGAGGUGUCACUGCUCAAAGAGGAGCUCCAGAAGGAGCAGCAGGAGAAGCUGGAGAUGCAAGAGAAGCUGAAGAAAAGUAGAGAAGACGUCUCGGAUCUUAAAGAGGAAGCAAAGAAGGAGCGCCAGGGGAGGGAGGAGGCGCAGGAGGAAUUGAGAGGUGUUCAGCAGAACGUGGAGGUGAAGGAGGAGAGCCUGAGCUCCCUGCGGAGUCAGAUGUGGAAUCUGAGCCUGAGCCAGCAACAAGCUCAGAAGGAGUUGAAGGAGAAGGAGGAGCAGAACCAGGAGCUGAAGGAUGGGCUUAGGGUGGCCCUGAAGGAGAUGUCCCAGCUGGAGGUUCUCCUGAAGGAGAGCCACACUGAGGGGGAACGGCUGAAGACCGCCCUGAUGGAGAUGAAGAAGGAGAUGGACAGAAUCAGAGAGGAGAGUCAGAAGGUGGCCAUUGAGGAGCUGGAUAAGCAAGGAGAGCUGGAGGAGCUGCGAGCCAAAGUUAAGAGCCUGAAGAGGAGAAAAAGUGAGAUGUUAGAGGAGCUGGACAACGCAGAGAAGAGGAGGAAGGAGGCUGAGAAGAAGUGGAAGAGUCGAGUGGAAGAGGUGGAGAAAGAGCAGAUGGUGAAGCUGAACGCUCUCAAUACAGAAGUCCAGAUACUGCGGAGGAAACAGGAGGAGGUGGAGACAGAGUGGAGGUCCAGGGUGGAAAAGAAGGAGAUGGAGGUAGAGAAAGCAAGAAUGGAGGUGCAAGAGAGCCAAACCGAGCUGAACAAGUGCAAAGCCUUGACAGAGGAGCAGAAGAAUCAGCUCUACAUACUGACUCAGAGCAACAAGCAGCUGGAGGCAGACAGGGACCGGGUCCGAAUGGCCCUGGAGCGGACAGAGUCAGCCAUGAUUGGCUACAGGGAGAGAGUGCACCAACAGGAGCAGAACCCCGGGGCGGUUCCUCAGUCAGAGGAGAGUGACAGACUGUUGAUCCUGCAGCACCAGGUGGCUGAACUGGAGCUGAACCAAAAACGGAUGGACAAGAAGAAUUCCCGUCUGGAAAGCCUGAAAGACAAGCUGAAGAAAGACAGAAGUGUUCUCAAAGACACGUUGAAACAGGUGGAGGAGGAACGAUCGAGGCUCCAGCAGCAGCUUUCUCUCAGCUCCAGGACUCAGGCGAGACAGUCAUCUGAGAACACCGCUGACGUGGACCGCACCGUGAGGGAGCUGGAGGACCAGGUGAAUCGUCUCCGCAUCUCGCUGGCGGUGGAGCAGGAGCAGAAGGCGGAGUUUAUUGAGCAGUCGUCCAGAAACAGCGAAUGGCUGCUCUCGAUGAGGCAGGACCUGAACAAUUCGCUGGACGCCGUCUCACGCCGUCCAAUCCCAGCAGUCCUGGAGUCUGAGACGCAGCGAUUGGACCGCAGCUUGAGGGAGGAGGACCUUAGGUUGUCUCUGAGCCAAUCAUAGCACACGACCAAAAAGACUUCAUAUCUGAGCAGCUUAGAUUUCUGAUUGGACAGAUUCUGCCUACAGGGAGUCGUUAUUUAACGUUGACCAAUCAGACGAGACCAAACAUUACAGCUAACGAACUCUCACCUGAAUACUUGUUGGGUUUUUUUUUUGUUUGUUUAUUUUAAAUGUUAUUUAUUUUUUUGUAAGCAGCUCAAUAAACCAAAGGUUUUAUAAGUGAG